CGCGUUCGUUUCUCGACGUGAAGGAACGCUAAUGCCAAAUCCCAAACCCAAUUGGUUGCUAAUUUGGGACUUCCGUUCACCGGCGAACUGUGAUGGUUAAGGGCGUGUGUGUGUAUAUAUAUACAACGCCGAUUCACCUCCCCUUCCAAAGCUCUUCUUCGAGUCCUCCCGCGCCCCCCUCUCUAUCUCCAUACCGCCCGUGCCGCUCGGGAUUCUCGCGCCGGGACUCACUGUCUCCUGGAUAGGUAGCUGGUGGGCUCGAACUUCUCCGAUGGCGCGGUUGCCACGUAGGCGGUGGAUCAGUGGGCUCAACGAGGGCGACGAUGGUGGAGCGUUGUCGGCGUCGUCCGAGGAGUUGCAGUGCGAACCGCUGCCUGAGAAGGAAGUAACGUCGGAUAGGCCGGUUCGCGUCUACGCCGACGGGAUCUACGAUCUCUUCCACUUUGGACAUGCUCGAGCUCUCGAACAAGCCAAGAACUCAUUCCGAAACACCUAUUUACUUGUUGGUUGCUGCAACGAUGAGAUUACUCAUCGAUACAAGGGAAACACAGUCAUGACUGAAUCUGAGCGCUAUGAGUCACUCCGUCACUGCAGGUGGGUAGAUGAAGUUAUUCCUGAUGCUCCAUGGAUAAUCACACAGGAGUUCCUCGACAAACACAAGAUUGACUAUGUUGUUCAUGAUGCCAUUCCAUAUGCAGAUGCAAGUGGAGCUGGAAAUGACGUUUAUGAAUAUGUUAAAUCUGUUGGGAAAUUCAAAGAAACAAAACGAACAGAUGGGAUAUCUACCUCAGAUAUCAUAAUGAGGAUUUUGAAAAACUACAACAAGUAUGUUAUGCGUAACUUAGCCAGAGGGUAUACAAGGAAGGAUCUUGGUGUCAGCUACAUAAAGGAGAAGCAAUUGCGAAUGAACAUGCGCAUAACCAAACUGCGUGAGAAGGUGAAAGCACAGCGGGAAAAGUUGCAUACGGUAGCGAAAACUGCUGGCAUGCAUCACAAUGAGUGGGUUGAAAUUGCAGAUCGCUGCAUUGCAGGCUUUCUUGGGAAGUUUGAGGAAAGAUGUCAUAUCAUGGAGACUGCCAUUAAAGGCCGAAUUCAAGAGAGACUCAGGAGGCGGUCGACCAAAGUGAUGGCCACCAGCCUUUUGUAAGAUUCAGUAGCUUCAUGACUACUACUGAGAAGUCACUGCUUUAGUUCCUGGGUGUCGAUUCUUGUUCACCGGGAUGAAGCCUGCAUGACUCAAGACUACUGCAACAGCUUUCUCUUCUUGUUUGAACAAGCUGUUAGAAUUACUUACUAGUAGUACAUCAAAAUUGUCUGUAUGAAGUGAAACUUCAUCCUAGGUGUUGAUUCUUGUUCACCAGGAUGAAGCCUACAUGACUCAGACUACUGCAACAGCUUUUUCUUCUUAUUUGAACAAGCUGUUAGAAAUACUUACUCGUACAUCAAAAUUGUCUGUAUGAAGUGAAACCUCCAUUGAGGACAUUUCAUCACUCCCUGUUGUCUUAGUUGCUAUGGAAACAUUCGUUGUUUCCUGCUUCCAGCUUAUUAUUAUACUUGCUACUGGGAACCAUACUGUAAUAACUGAUGUGAAAUAGAGUUCGGCCCGGAUCUGCAGCAUCA